GUGGGCGGCGGGGUGGGCCGACCGCGGGCAGCCCGGGCGAGGCCCCCGGCCAGACGUCGUGCGGGCGGUGGAGCUGCUGGCGUCCAAGAUGUCCACCAAGAAUUUCCGCGUCAGCGACGGGGACUGGAUCUGCCCCGACAAGAAAUGUGGAAAUGUAAACUUUGCUAGAAGAACCAGCUGUAAUAGAUGUGGGCGGGAGAAAACAACUGAGGCCAAGAUGAUGAAAGCCGGGGGCACUGAGAUCGGAAAGACGCUGGCGGAGAAGAGCCGAGGCCUGUUCAGCGCUAACGACUGGCAGUGCAAGACUUGCAGUAAUGUGAAUUGGGCCAGAAGAUCAGAGUGUAACAUGUGUAAUACGCCCAAGUAUGCCAAGUUAGAAGAAAGAACAGUUUGGACGUAAAAAGAAGAAGUACAGGGGGAAGGCAGUGGGCCCUGCGUCCAUAUUAAAGGAGGUCGGAGAUAGAGAGUCCGAGGGAGAAGAGGAGGAUGAGGACGAAGACCUUUCUAAGUAUAAACUAGACGACGAUGAGGAUGAAGAUGAUGCUGACCUUUCAAAAUAUAACCUUGAUGCCAGUGAAGAAGAAGACAGUAAUAAAAAGAAAUCUAGUAGACGAAGUCGCUCAAAGUCUCGAUCUUCUCACUCAAGAUCUUCACGCUCAUCCUCCCCCUCCAGUUCAAGGUCUAGGUCCAGGUCCCGUUCAGGAAGCUCUUCCAGCUCGCAGUCAAGAUCUCGUUCCAGUUCAAGAGAACAUUCGAGAUCUCGUGGGUCGAAAUCAAGAUCCAGCUCCAGGUCCCACAGGGGCUCUUCUUCCCCAAGAAAAAGAUCGUAUUCGAGUUCUUCGUCGUCUCCUGAGAGGAACAGGAAGAGAAGUCCUUCUAGAUCUUCUUCUCCCGGUGUUCGCAAAAAAAGACGAACAAGAUCACGGUCACCCGAAAGGCACCACAGGUCGUCUUCUGGAUCGACCCAUUCUGGUUCCCGUUCAAGUUCAAAAAAGAAAUAAUGUAUUAACAUUUACAUCUUUAAAAACAUUCAAUACAGUGCAUGAAGCAUACUUUUUAAGAAGUUAAUGUCUUACUUGGUCAGAAGUGCUAAACCUGCUAGCUGAGGUGCAUGCCUUCAUUGCUUUUCAGAACAGUACAACUGUGUUUAUUUGUGAAAUUAAAAGUGGAGUUGCAUUUUAAGCCAUAAUGUCCCUGGAUAGAUGCCCUGUUCAAAUUCUCAUCCUUUCAUUGUUUCUGUGCCUGUCCUGUCUAUUGGCCGAGACAGGAUGGCCUUGGCCUCCCUUUAACUUUGUUCACAGAAGCAAGGCUGGUGAGCUGCUGGGGAUCGCCAGUCCCUGCUCAUCCGGGAGAAGUAACGGGCCUGUGCUGGCAGUUCUGCCAGAGGUCAGCUAAGUUAGGAAGCUGCCCAGUGCAGACUCAGCUCUCUGCUGCGGUGCCUUAGAAUCAUUGUGUCUUAUCCAGCUUUGUGCCGCCUGUGAGGCAGGAGAGUAGAGAACCGCAGAAGCGUCAUUGAAAGGUGUCAUCCCUACCUUGAAGGUUUAUAUGAAAUAAAAGUGUAAGGAAUAUUGUGGGUAUCCUUUAAAAAAAUCUAGUUACCACAUACCAUAUUUGAUUGAUCAGGGGGGCAAGGUUAAAUCAUAGUUGAUGAACAAAUUAAAGAAGGCUUUUGAAGUCCGUUUCUCAGUGAAAGGCUAGCAGACACCUGGGAAUUUAAGUGAGCAUUUUAUGGAUUGCAUAAAAGUUUUUCUGAGUAACAAAUUCUUUUUCUAUAUGAUUUAAGCAAAAAUCACUUUUCCUGUUCACUUGAAAAAACUUAUGGCUUAAAAUGUUUUCAGAGUUUAGUUCUGAAAUUAAAAUCUGGUCACUUGAGAUCCGAUGUUUUGUUCUCUGGUUUAGGAGUUAUAAGAUUUCUCUUAACAGUCUCUUCAGUGACAGAACAAGGUAAGUAUACUAUGGGAAGUCAGUAACUGCUCGGGCUCUUUGUUGUGGGGGAUUGAUUGAUUCCUGUUUCUCCCACCCCUUAAUAUUUGUCUGCUGCAAUUUAAAUAAGUAAAGCAUUUUAAGAUGUUGAGUAGACAGACCAAACAAAAUGAUUUCAUUUUAAAGUUUUUCUCCUGAACCGCUCUAAAGAUGAAAACAGUAUCUUGUGUAGAAGUAUUUUGGUCAUGUCUUACAAGCUCCCCAUGUUCUUAGGUCUCGCUCUCCCUCGCUCUCCUUACUGUCGGUUGCACAAGAACUCUUACCUCUUGUGAUUGUGCCUCAGACUCUCAAGUCCACCUUCUGAGUUGCCCAGGCGCUCUGGCUUGUCACCCUUGGUUUAUUCUUGUGCUCUCUGUAUUUAAAGCUUUGACUGUAUUAGGAAAAAUGCAAGGUUAUAAGUUUAGCUAAUAGGAGUUCACAGAUAAUCCAGAUGAUUAUGCUCUGAUUUGGUUUAAUUGAGCUGUACUAGUUCAUUUCGUAAGGAAAUGAUACUGUAGACAAAUGUAAAUAAAAUCUGUGAGUCAAGCUUCAAGUGGUGUUCAUUAGAAAUAAACUAGAAAAUUUCAA